AUGUCUGACACUGGUGCAACCAUCAACCAGGGUGACACCGCCUCUUCUCCAACAACCCCACAGGCACAACAGGCACAGACGCAAGAGCCUUCACCACCAACUGCUAAACCUGAUCAGCAACAACCUCAUCAAGCGCAUCAUGUUAUCUUUGUGGUCCACGGAAUGGGACGCCAGCUCGAAGUUCCCUUUGGCAACUACGAGAAGAACGUGAGCUACUUUGUGGACAACACGAGAACAGUGCUGCAGAGCCAGUUCCAUGACCUGGAGACAGACGUCCACAUCAUCCCCAUCGAAUGGCAUGCCAAGCUGCAUUCCAUGGUCGAUGAGCGCAUGGCUCUCACCUCCCUCCGCACCGUCCCCAAAGUGCGGUUGGUGAUGAACGAUUACAUGGCGGAUAUCCUGUACUACUUCAACCCACACUUUGGAACGCAGAUUCUACAGAUGAUUGUUGAGGAACUCAACGAGGCCUAUGAUACGUUUAUGGAGAAGCAUCCGGAUUUCAAUGGCAAGAUCUCGGUCUAUGCGCUUUCCCUUGGAGGAGUCGCCAUGUUUGAUAUCCUUACCUGUCUGGACGACGAUGAACCCGAAGAUAUGUCUCAGUCAGCUACUACUUCUACUUCGACCUCAGAUCGGCAGGAUGGAGCUACGGCUCAAACAACCGGAACGGAAGAUGUACAGGAACCUCCAGCAAGGAAGACGCGGGUCAGGAAGCAGGAUCAGCCAAAGUUCAGAGCUGUGAUCCCAAAACUCAAGUUCAGACCCGAGCACCUCUUCACCGUCGGUUCUCCCGUCGGCGCGGUGAUGGUAAUGCGCAAUUUGGAUUGGGAAACAUUCCACCCGCCAGAUGACAUUAUCCACCACAACCUCUUCCACCCCUUCGACCCACUCGGAUACAGACUCGAACCCCUCAUCGACCCCGUCUUUGCCGGCAUCCCAGCGGCCGCCGUUAGCUCUUAUCAAUCACAGCUGUUUCCUUCAUUGUCGUUACCUUCGCUUCCGUCAUUACAACUUCCGGAAUCGAUCUCUGCAUUCUGGGAGAAUCGUGUGCCGACGUUGCCCAGACCCUCGAUCCCGACGUUGUCGAGUAUUUCGUUGAUGACUCAGUCGCUCAAGGCCGGACGGUGGCUUCCGGGAAGUGGGGCUAACAAGGAUGAUGAGGAAGGAUCUAGUUCCUCGCAGGACUCUGAUAGUGACGAUGAUCACCAGGAGACCUCAACCUCAGCUGCAACUGCUACUACAACCCCUGCGGGAGCGUCGUCGCCUGCCACUUCUGUCAGCAAUAGUGACGCUGAAGAGUCGCCUUCGAAGGAUGUCAAGAAACAGGAACAAACCGACUCCAUAAUGACCUUCAUGGAUGGUGGAGACGCCUCAGUCAGCGAAUUCAUGGGAGCAGCCACUGCAGCGACCUAUCUGGAACAAACCGAGGACCCUUCGAAUUCUGGAUCAUCAGGUGUUGCGAGACCAGCCGAUGCGGCAGCCAUUAAAGCACAGAACGAUACCACGACCAAGUCACCCCGGGAUGGGCGCCAGCCACCUGCUAGAAGACCUAGUGUUGGACCCCGUCGGAUCAGUAGCCGUGUCGAGGAUGAUGAGCAGCGGCGUGAAGCUGGUGAGGGUGCUGCUACUGCGGGAGCAAAGAGGACUAUGUUGGAUGUUGCAGAAGAGUCAGUCCUUGGUAUGAAAGAUGGCGGUACACCAGCGACUGCUCAGGAGAUGGCGUUAGGUGCUGGUGCAAAAUCUCAUGUUAUUCAGGAGUCCAUUAUUCGAUCUAUGCCGGAAGGUGAAUCCUCCAGCAACAGCGCAGCUGAUGCCGACAAUGAUAUCAAGGCGGACGUUGAAGGCACCACAACUAGCAAAACCAGGAAGAACGUCCAUGUUGAGGGACGGGCGACCAAGCUGCCUUAUCGGAUUGACCAUGUCCUUCAGGAGACGACUGUGGAUCAGUACACGAAUGAGUACCUGUUGGGUAUGCGGAGUCAUUUCAAGUACUGGGGCAACAGGGAUGUGGCAUACCAUAUUUUGAAGACGAUGUUGGGACCAGUGGAUCUCGAGGCUGAAAAAGAGGUCCUGGACCUGAAACUGAACGCACCUGCGCAACCACCACCAUCGUCAACAACCACCAACACACCACAGGAAGCAGCAGCCGAAGCCAAGGCAAAGACACUGGCGAUGGCAUCCAGUACCGGUCGCGCUGCGGGUCGUGCUACUGCUGCAACUAUGCGUUCGCGGAGCGGGACGACUGGAUCUGUGUCGGAUAGCGAUGUCAAGAAGCAGAACCGGAUGUCGUUCAGUUUCUCGUUCUUCAGUGGUGGACAGAGCAAUUCGUCGACUGACGAUGUUAGAGAGCAGCAGACUGAGGAGGAGCGGAGGAAGAGACGGGAGAGACAGGAGGCUGUGGAUGAGGAUUUGGCGAUGAUGGGUGAAGAGGGGGAGUUGUUUGGAUACAGAUAUUCUGAUGAAGAUGGAAGCAGUAGUAAGGCCAAUGAGUCAACGACUAAGACGUUGUUCCAGAGUUCUCCUUGGUCCUCGAAGCGUGGAGAUGGGGAUGAUGUUAUGCAAGAAGCAGAUUCUACGUGUACAUGGACGACCAGUACCACUAUGAUGACCACCACGACGACUACCGCGAGGACGAGUGGAACUAAGAGACGGAUUAGUGUUGAGAGGAAGGCGUCAUCUACAGUGGGCACGACUUCUUCGACCGCUUUUGUUGCCGUUCAGAAGAAGGUCAAGGGUGAUAGUGAGAGUAGUGAGAGUGGAGGGGAAGAUGCGGUUGCGGUGGAGGUAGAUGUCCCUGAGUUGGCGCGGCCUGCCAAGCUGCACCAUCGUGCUACUCGUGUUGAGGAGUAA